AUGGCCUCGUUUCGAGGAUCAUUGCUGCUGCUAGCAGGUUGCUUGCUCCUGGCUCUUCAAUGCUGUUGUGCAAGUCGCAAUUACUAUGAUAUUCUCCAGGUGCCGCGAUCGGCCAGCGAGGAUCAGAUCAAACGCUCGUACCGCAAGCUAGCGCUCAAGUUCCAUCCGGACAAGAACCCAGGAGACGAGGAAGCCAAGAAGCGGUUCCAGGAGAUAGGCAACGCGUACGAGGUUCUCUCAGACGGUGAGAAGCGGCGCAUCUACGACCAGCACGGCGAGGAGGGCGUGAAGCAGCACAGCGCUCAGCAAGCCGCAGGGGGUGGCCAGGACAUCUUCUCACAAUUCUUUGGCGGGUUCGGAGGUUUUGGGCAGCAGCAGGAGGAGGAAGAGCAGACUCCAAAGGGAGACACAGUCACAGUGGACCUGGAGGCGUCGCUAGAGGACCUGUACAACGGCAGGUCGUUCCAGGUGUGGCGCGACAAGAACGUGGUGCGAUCAGCACCCGGCAAGCGCAAGUGCAACUGCAAGGCGCGUAUGGUGACGAGGCAGAUCGCCCCGGGCAUGUUCCAGCAGUUCACCCAGCAGGAAUGCCAGGAGUGCCCGAACGUCAAGUAUGAGCGCGAGGGCAUGCCUAUCGAUGUGGACAUCGAGAAGGGCAUGAAGGAUGGGCAGGAAAUCACCUUCUAUGAGGAGGGAGAGCCCGUUAUGGAUGGUGACCCUGGUGACCUCAAGUUGAUGAUCAAGACGCGCCCGCACAAGCUGUUUGAGCGAAGAGGGGACGACCUCCACAUGAACCUCACCAUCUCCCUCGUGGAUGCUCUUGUGGGCUUCAAGCAUUCCAUCACUCACCUCGACAACCACCUCUUUGAAGUCGGCACCUCUGGCGUCACGCGGCCAGGGGAGCAAGUGCGGCUGCACUAUGUAUGGGCCGAUGAGAUGCUUGAGAGUGCAGGCGUGAAGGGUGCUUAUGGCGUAAGGGUUAACUUCUUCUCUUCCCUUCCCCUCAUCUCUCCUCCUGGAUCCUGCUGGCAGCACGUGCCGCUGGACUAUAAAAUGCGUUUGGACUAUGUGCUGGCCGAUGGGGUGUUUGCCUGUGCAGACGUGAAGGGUGCUUAUGCUUCAUACGUGAACUUCCGUACUUUCCCUCUUCUUCAGUUCCCCUUCCCCCUCUCCUCCUGCUCGCAGCAAGUGCGGCUGGACUAG